GCGGCGCGCCAGCUGCCCUCCGCGGCACGGCCGCGCCGCGGGAGCGGAGGGGGCGGCCGCAGCGGCGGGCGCGGCCUAGCACGGCUCCUGCCGCUGCUGGCCGCGGCUGCAGCGGCGGAGCCCAACCCGCCGGAGUGGCCGGAGAGCGUGCGGGUGUGGGGGCCUGGCGACGACGCGGGGCAGAUCGAGUCCGUUGUCAACGAGGCGUUCCGGCUGAACGGGGGCCACGACACAAUCGAUCACGGGCAGUUUUCGCCCGAGCGCUACGCGUUCAUGUUCAAGCCUGGGACCUACCACGUGGACGUCCCCGUCGGGUACUACACGCAAGUCCUCGGGCUGGGGAAGUCGCCGGACGACGUAGUCUUCGAUUCUGCAAGGGGCGUGUAUUCCGAGGAGGGCGAUCAGACUGACCUCGGGGGGGCGCUCAGCACAUUCUGGCGGUCUGCCGAGAACUUUCGUACCAGGAGCGAGAUGUUGUGGGCUGUUUCUCAGGCUGCGCCCAUGCGCCGAGUCGUAGUUGAGAAGAGCUUGAACUUAGCGCAGUUCGUGGACGGAGUAGGCAUGGGCUACUCCAGUGGCGGUUUCUUGGGAAAUUGCCGCGUGAAGGGCAUGGUGAAUUCCGCGAGCCAGCAGCAGUGGUUCGCCCGAAACUUGCAGGCGGAGGCUUGGCCGCAGGGCAACUGGAAUAUGGUCUUCGUUGGCGUGAACCCCGCGCCUAGCUCCUCGUGCGGGCGAACAGGAGACAGCUUCCCGUCCACCAGCGUGGAGACGACGCCCGUGCUGGCGGAAAAGCCCUUCGUGUCCAUCGACGACGAUGGCAAGUUCUCGCUGCAGAUCCCACAGCUUCAACAUGACCGGCAGGGCUACGACUUUUCUAUUGGCGAUACGGUACCUUUCGAAAAGGUGUACGUGGCCAGGGCGACCGACAGCGCGGCCAAGAUCAAUAAGAAGCUCAAGAAAGGGCUCCACUGCGUCCUGACGCCGGGCAUCUACAAGCUGGAUGCUCCCCUGGAGCUCAACACCGAGGGCCAGGUAUUGCUAGGCCUGGGCCUCGCUACCCUCGUGGCGACCGAUGGCACUCCCGCCAUCCGGGUUGGCAACGUCGACGGGGUGCGGGUGGCUGGCGUGCUGUUGGAGGCUGGCACCGGCGAGACGGAGGCAUUGCUGGAGUGGGGCGAUGGCACUCAUAAGGGAGACGCGACGAAUCCUGGCGUGAUGAGCGAUUUGUUUGCGCGCGUGGGUGGCCCCAACGACCCCGAGGACUUCGAGGUCCAAGCGAGGGUGAUGGUGCGGAUCCGGUCGGACCACGUGAUCGGUGACAACUUGUGGUUGUGGCGCGCUGACCACGGCGUGGCCGGCAUCGUGAAAUCUAGCAUGAAUCCUUGCGACCAUGGUCUCAUCGUCGAAGGGGACCACGUGACCAUGUAUGGGCUAGCUGUGGAGCACACUUUGAAGGACCUCGUGCAGUGGAUCGGCGACCACGGCCGCACAUACUUCUUCCAGAGUGAGUUGCCUUAUGACGUGGGCCAGGAUUUCGGCGACGCGGGUUACGUUGGAUACCGCUUGAACAAUACCGUGUCCACACAUAGCGCUUACGGCGUGGGCGUGUACCACUUCUUCCGCGACUUCGAGGUCACUGUGCCUCGUGGCAUUGCUUGCCCCGAUUGGUUGGAAAACUCAUUCGAGAACCCCCUGUCUGUGUGUCUCAGUGGGAAGGGAACCAUGACCCACGUGAUCAACGACAAGGGCAACCCAACGCAAGGGGACGCCUCUACGGAAUGGUAUUGCGAGAAGGGCCCCGAGAUAGCCCCCCGCCCCGUCGCCAAGAAGGCACAGAAGGAGGAACCAGAGCAUUCGGCCAAGCAGACGCACAAGGAGGGCAGUAAGAAAGCGCCUGCGACGCCGCCAAAAGAGUCACCCUCCGUUGCCUCCGAGAAUCCUGCCGCGCCACAUCUUUGGGCGAGGUGGGACUGCUCCGUGGGGCAGCAACACUGGAGGAGGGCCUGGUCAGCGAACAAGCAGGAGUGGUGCUGCAAGCACGAGCAGAGGGGCUGCGACGGCCGGCAGGACGACGAGGGCGGCGCGAUCCACGACUCACUCGCAGCGCUGUCAGGUGUCGCGGCCAGCCUGGCGGCGGAGGACCUGGCGGACGAGAAGCCCACAGGGCUCCGCGGCGGCGGCUCGGCUCGGCCAGCCAGAAGCGGUGAUGCUGGCUCACGCGCUGGCAGCGGCCACGCCAGCAAGCCCGCUGGGUCCGCCUCUACCAGCGAGCGCCCGCGUGCCGUCGUCGGCGCCCAGGCAGACAGGCCCUGGACGUCGCCGUGGUCGACGCACACGCUCGAGGACGGCCUGCUGAUAGAGAGGCUGGACGAGGUCCAGGCGACCCCCGUCGCGGCCACGACGGUGGCUCCGGCGCCGCGCUGGAUCCAGUCGCUGGUGGCGCUGCAGCUCUGCGCCUCCGCGGUCCUCGCGGUGCUCUGCUUCCUGGGGCGCCGGCAGCGCCGAGGGGGCGCGAUGGUGCCCAUCAGCACCUCCAGCGUGGACGCCGACGCCACGGCCGCGGUGACGCGGCAGGCGGGCGAGCCGCUGCAGCCGCGCAGCCCAGCCCUCCGGGGGAUCACGUCUCCGGGCACGGCCUCGCCACUGACGGGCGCCUCCGACGCCGCGGCGUGA